AUGAGGCAGUGGAAGUCCCUGGUCCCGGCGCUGCACCUGCACGGCCCCGCGGCGUCCUGCUUCCCGCACCCGCCGUCGUCGCCGUCGCCGUGCCCGUCGCCACCCCGGGCGGAGGAGACGGACCUCCUGCCGCCGCAGGCCGCGGCGCCGGCUCCGGCGGUGGUGCGGCUGGUGGGUUGCGACGGGCGCGUGCGCGCCUACGCGCCGCCCGUGACGGCGCGGGAGCUGAUGCAGGAGCACCCGCGGCACCUGGUGUGCCGCGCCGACGCGCUGCUGAUCGGGGAGAAGAUCCCCGCCGUGGCGCCCGGCGAGGAGCUGCAGCCCGGGGAGGCCUACUUCCUGCUCCCCGCGCACCUGUUCCGCUCCGUCCUCUCCUUCGUCUCCCUGGCCUCGUCGCUGCUGCUGCUGCUGUCGUCGUCCGCCACCGCGGCCGCCGGUGCCGGUGCCGGUGCCGGGAAGAAGCCCGGCGCGGGGCGGCCGUUCGAGCUCCACCGCACGGCGUCCGGCACGCUGCAGAUCAAGUUCUCCGACGACUUCCUCCUCGCGGACGGCGACGGCAAGGGCGUUGAGGACGACGACAGCGAGGCCGACGCGGCCGCGCAGAAGGAGCAGCAGCAGCCCGCCGUGCUGCUGCGCGGGGACGACCGCCUCGCCAAGGACUACGAGGAGCUGGUCGGGUACGGCAAGUCCCGCCGCUGGGCGCCCAAGCUGGAGACCAUCGAGGAGGUGAUAGCGCCCGCCGCCCCCGCGGCCUCCGACCCCGCCGGCGCCGCGUCCCCGAAGGCCCAGCGCGGCAGGAGGAGCCGCGCGCUGCCAUUCCUCGGCCGCCUCGGCAGCCGCCGCCGCCGCGACCGCGACGCCUGCAGCGCCGUCGUCGCCUGCUCCGGCUAG